AUGGUCAAUGUAUCUAGCAAAUUAACAAAUUCUGGCCACAAGCGAGUUCAACUUAACUUUGGGAAAGUCGCUGAAAUUCCUCUUCGUCAUCGAACCAAUAUCUACUCAUUGUCAAAGGCAUUGAAUCUUCCAAAAUCAACAAUUCAUAGUAGAAUUAAAGAAGGCAAAAUUUGGCCGCAUUCAAAUGCGUUGAAGCAGUAUCUAUCUAAAGAGAACAAGAGAGCAAGACUCCGAUUUUGUGUUUCAAUGCUUGAGCCUAAUAGUCUUCAAGGCCAGCCAAUGUUCAAAUCCAUGUAUGAUUAUGUCCACAUUGAUGAGAAGUUGUUUUACAUCUCCAAAGAAGUAGAGACGUAUUAUCUUCUUCUUGAAGAAGAAGAACCACAUCGUUGUUGUAAAACUACAAAGAACAGUAUAAAUCGUGCAGCUGGUACACUUGAAACAAAGGCAAUUGUAUCGGUAACAAAAGAUGUUAUUCGUGCAUGUUUGAUUGAGAAGGUUCUACUUGCAAUUCGGUCUAAAUGGCCACGUUUCAGUGCAAUGAACAUUAUAUUCAUUCAACAAGAUAAUGCAAGACCACAUGUUGAUCCAUUUGAUGUUAGAUUUCUUGAAGCUUCAAGUAGAGAAGGUUUUGAUAUUCGUUUAUCGUAUCAACCCCCAAAUAGCCCGAAUAUGAAUGUUUUAGCCCUCGAAUAUUUUAGAGCGAUCCAAUCUUUGCAAUAUCAAGAAACACCCACAAAUAUUGAUGAAUUGGUUUAUGCUGUAGAAAAAUCUUUCGAAGAAUUAUCGUGGGAAACUCUUGAUCAUGUAUUUGUAACCUUGCAAGCAUGUAUAUUAGAGGUGAUGAAAAUCAAUGGUGGAAACAAUUACAAAUUGCCACAUAUGGCAAAGAGAAAACUGAUGAGAGAUGGUACUUUGCCUUACCAAAUUCAAUGUGAACCUCAUGUUGUUGAAAAUGCUUUGGCCCAUCUCCAUUUAAGUCCAAGUGAGUUUUUGGAUCUCUUUCUUUGUUUUUAG